AUGAGGGCUCCAUCAGGACCAGUAAUUCAAGUCGGAGGUGUCGCUCACAAGCGCCGAGUUGGCUCGCAUGAUGCUGUGAGACUCCAAAGCAUUCUCAACCAAGAUUUGGAUGAAUCAGAUGAAAUUAGAGCUGAUCGUGAACACGAGACCCGUGUGCGUGACGGUGAGUGCGGCUCAGCUGAUAAACCAAGCUCCAGUAAGAACAAGGCUAAGAACAACAGCAAAAAGGAGAAGAACGCCAAAAAGAAGCCCAAGAAGUUUUUCUUCACGCAAGAAGCCGAUCUCGCGCUGUUCAAGGAGAUGCUCAGCCUUGAACCUUACGCCGCCGAACAUGGGUUCAAGAAGCAACGCUACCAGCAAGUCGCGGAUAACCUGAGUGAGCAUCUGAAGGUGAAAUUGCUGGAUCGAACUGUGAAAGACCGUUUGGAGCUGCUGCUCGCCGAGUUCAAGCUCGACGAUCAAUCGUACCGAAAGAAAUCGGGGGGUUCUGAGCAGUAUACAGAACACAAGCGGCUUCUUCAAGAUAUCUCGGACCGCAUCCGCGAUGUGGAGGAGGAAAAGAAGAAGAAAAACAAGAAGUAG